UUUGUCGCACUCAAGGUUCACGCUCUCCGUGACAAUGUGACAUGACUAUUAAGAGGAAAUUAAAUAUUGGAAGGCAAUUUCUGAUUUUAUUUCCUUUAUAUAAAACAAAUUUGGGGCUUCUUUUCCCCACAAAUAAGUGUUUUUCUCUCCUGUUUUUUGAGCUGCGCUGUUGUGUUAGGACUUUGGUUUCAGGUAUAUCAGGUUACAUCAUUUCAGUACCUGAGCCAACAUGAAGAGCCUAACGUGUUUAUGCUGUGUUGCUGUUCUACCGUACCUCUGCAAUACAGGUGCACAUUCUCUCUAUACAUUUUCAACGUUCAUCACUGGAAAUACACCUUUCCCAGAGUUCAGUGCAGUGGUGAUGCUGGAUGAUGUUCAGCUGUUCUAUUAUGACUCAGAUGUAAAGAAGUUAAUCUACAGAGAAUACAAACCAGACCAUGAAGAAACACUGCAGCACAGUAUAUUAAUAUUUGAUCAUAUGUACAGAAGCAUGAAAUACAGGGCCUUGUAUUCUGCAAAACAACUCAACAUUACACAUGGAGUUCAUAUUCAGCAGAGACGUUCUGGUUGUGAGAUGUUUGGUGACUCCCGAGGACCACUGCGGUCAUGGGAUGCUUUUGAAGGCUUUAAUGAAGAAGAUCUCUACUUCAACACACAGCUCAGCACUCUGCAGUCUGAAGGAAAAUGGCCAAAUACAUGGGACAGGACUGCUAAAAAUGACGUUCAAUGGAUGUACACAAAUGUUUACACACCUCUCUGCUUUCAGCUGCUAGAAAGUGUUCUGGAGAUAAAGAGAAGUCAUAUCAUGAGGCAAGUAAAGCCCAGUGUCAGGUUCUUCCAGAAGGCUCCUACACACUCUGGAGGGACCUUGCUGACCUGCCUGGCCACUGGCUUCUACCCACGUCACAUCAACCUGACCAUGCUGAGAGACGGCCAACCCGUGUCUGAGCAGCGCGUGAUUGGAGGGGAGGUGCUGCCUAACGGAGACGGGACCUACCAGAUGAGGAAGAGGCUGGAGGUCAGUGCAGAGGAGAUGCGAGAGAAACACAACUACACCUGCACGGUCAUGCACCUCAGCCUGGACAACAAGAUCAACAUCAGCAUGGAAAUCAGGCUCCCUGUAGACGCGUCCACCAUGACUGUGGUGGUUAUGGUGCUUGGGCUGGUGGUUGUGUGUGUGAUUGUUCCUGUCACUGUUUUCCUCGUAUACCGCAGGAAACGCAAUGGAGCAAAGACAUCUCCUCUGGCCACAUAUACUUCUGUGUGCAGAAACAUUCAGAGUGAGACAUCUUCCGACACCACCACCACAAACUAGAACACUCAAUUUUUACUUGGUGUGUGUGAGCAUUUGUGUGUGUAUGUGUGCACACACAUCUCGUACCAAGCACUGAGGAAUGUAGGCCUUUAUACUACAGUUUUGCUUCCCCAGGGAGUGAUUACAUUUGUACGUGACUGUGUGAUUUUUCUCUUUUCAAAUCCAAAUUGUAGAUUCAGAUUCAGAUUCACUUUUAUUCAUUAUUUUCAGUUUCUUAUACGUAACAUUAUUUUAAUCUUUGAACAAUAAAAAUAAUGUUUACGUGAGUAUAUGAU